CACGGGAAAAUCUGGGGAUGCAUACUUCCACCACUCAAUACCACAACAUCAAGCCACCAUUCUACCGUUGCACACUGUGCUCUACCUUUCCUGAGGCGGAACAUACGCCCGCCAAGAUGGGCCAAGAUGAAGUACAGCAUCGCCACAGGAGAUAUUGCAUGCACUUGCGCGAUUGGGAGAUGUUCGAGCCUGUGUGACAAUGCGCCAUCAGCCAUUCUACCGGAAGAAUUGCUGAAGUGCUUGCCUGGAAGCCGACUGCAUGGCUACAUUCUGCCUCCUUGGUUGCCGACGCUUAAGAAUGGUAGAAUAUAAAAUGUAAGUGACAUCGCUGGUAGAUCGGCAUCAGAUCACUCAAUCUCAUCUGCAUCCUCUCCUACACUUCAAGAUGAAGCUCUCAAUCCUAUCACUCCUUUCCUUGGCUCUUUCUGCGACUGCAGCUCCCGCCGGCUGCGACUUUAGCCUGGUCGGAUUCGCCAAGGACAAUCCAAUUGGACCUACCACUGGCGGUGCUGGCAGGCAUGGCAAGAGUGUGACUGUUCGGACAGUGGCCGAGUUCAUCAAGGCUGUCAACGGCAGUGAGCCAACAGUUGUGUACGCCAAGGGUAGCUUCAAUCUCACAUCGCGAGUUCAAGUUGGGUCCAACAAGUCCGUCAUUGGAGUCGGCAAGGGAGCUCAGAUCACUGGUUCGGGCCUGAACAUCUUCAACAAGACCAAUGUUAUCAUCCGCAACAUUGGUUUCACGGCCAUUGACGAUGACGCCAUGACUAUUCGUAACAGUACCCGCGUGUGGAUCGAUCACAACGAGUUCACUACUGGCAACUUCCCUGCUCUUGGCCCUGAUGCUUACGACGGCCAAGUCGAUAUCAUUCGCGCGGCGGAUUGGAUCACGGUAUCAUGGAACUACUUCCACGAUCAUUGGAAGAGUUCUCUUGUUGGCAACAGCGAUGCGCUCAGAGAUGUUGACCAGGGUCAUUUGCACGUCACCUACCACCACAACUACUGGAGAAACGAGGGUACCCGUGGUCCUGCUGGUCGUUUUGGUCACCAGCACAUCUUCAACAACCUCUAUGUCGACUUCUUGUACCAAGCCAUCCACUCCCGCAGCGAUAACCAGGUUCUCGUCGAAGGUAAUGUCUUCAAGGGCAAGACACGCGAGGCUCUCAGCACUUACGGACUUGUCAUCCCGGAGGACAGCCCCAACACUAGCCCCGAUGGCGAUUACGAAUUGGACGGCUUCGCCAACCUCGGCGCAAAGAACGACUUUGGAAAGGCUGGUGUCAACAUCACUCAAGUCGGCAACUUCACCAGGGCGCCUUACAAGUACAAGCUUACUCCACUGAAGCAGGUCGAGAAGAUUGUAAAGAGCGGCGCUGGUCUCGGCAAGAUCUGAGUGAUUGCUCCGCAAACAAAAAUGUGUCUAAAGCAGCUAUAUGCUAAUAAGUAAUGAU